AACAUUUCCAAUAUAUACCAAACACAAACAAAUCAAUCUCCAUUUUCGCCAAACAUGGGCUCACAAACAGAUAACAAGGAGGAAUUCACCAUCCUCGUCACGGGCUUUGGCCCAUUCCGCGAGCAGUAUCCCGUCAAUCCAUCGUGGGAGAUUGCAAAGGGUCUUCCCGAGUAUCUCCCCACCGUGUCUGCCAAGGUGCCCAAAUCGCGAUUCGCCGUCGACCUGCCUCCCGUGCGCAUUCUUGUCCACCCCGAGGCCAUCCAUGUUGGCUACGAUAACGUACGCAGUCUGACGCCCAAGUUCUGGGACGGCAACGAGUACAUGGGCCACAAGAUUGACGCGGCUAUUCACAUUGGCAUGGCUGGACCCGAGCUCCAGUAUAAAAUUGAGCGCAGAGCCCACCGCACCGGAUACGACAAGAAGGAUGUCGAUGGCCUGCUCCUAAAGGAUGAGACCGAGGGCAAGCUCGAUGAGAAUUGGAUCUGGCACGGGCUUCCUGACGAGCUCUUGUCCGAGCUCGAUAUUGAGGAUAUUCACAUGAGAUGGCAGGGCAACAGCCCGGUAUAUUCUGUCGCCGCGUGAUACAUGGACGUUUGUGUGCUAACAGACUGUGACUUAGAUGGACUUCGAUCUCCGCAUCUCCGAAGACGCCGGCCACUACCUCUGCGACUUCAUCUACUACUCCAGCCAAGCGCUGCUUCUUAAGCAGAACCGCCCCCGCAAGGUCGUCUUCCUGCAUGUGCCCGCCGAUGCGUCCGAAACUUCGGUCGAGCGCGGCCGCGAAGUGGCGCGUAACUUGAUUCGUGCCAUUGCCGAGAGCGAGAUUAGCAAGCGACAAUAAUCUGGGGAAGAAAUAUGCGUAAAUAAUGAUGCCAUGUGUAUUUUGUCGACGACAAGUCUGCAUGCUAUGGUGUACUUGAGCACAAGAUUGGGAAUACAUUACACCACACACGUUUUUGGAGAUUUUUUCCUUUUUUUUUAAUUCUGCCAUCAUAUAUACACACUAAAUAUGCAUAGAACACAUAAUAUAUAUAACAACUUCAAAUGCUAAAUUGAGAAAGUAUUUACAAUAUAUCGUGUAGUUGGUUUAUUAGCGUUUGUAGCAACGGCGAGUGGGUAACUCCGCUCGACUCCGCUUGACGUUUUUGACGUUUCUUGCAUCUCGCCACUUGCAUUCUACACUCUCCCAUUGAUUCAUAUCAUCCUUAUACACUUUCUAAGAUCCAGACCACGCGCUUCAAAACACAGUAGAAAUGUGUAGAAAGGCUACUUGCGAUACUUGCAAGAAAACCACCUGGUGGGGAUGCGGCAGCCAUGUGCCCUCAGUAAUGGACUCUGUUGCUGCCAAUGACCGCUGCUCCUGUGAGCCCAAGUUUGAGAGCGGCGGCAAAGAGUACCCUCCCAUGGCCAAGUCUCCUGCGUGACUGAUUGGCAAGGCAGCGGAUGCAGUGCUCUGGAUGAGGGGCAAGAAGGCUGGGUGGUCACCUACAGGCGUCGUAGAGGAACCGUUGAAGUGAUUGGUUGAUUAUUUUGUACAGUUGGGGUGUAGCGAUGGCGUUUGGUGGUUAUAUUGAGGAGUUUGUGGUGUUACAGAAAGGGUAGACGAUUCAUGUAUUAGGUAGAGCUGGGGAGGGAUUAGAACGACAGUUACGACGAAGAUCAUGAUGAUGACGAGAAUAGAGACAGACAGAUCGGUGAAAUCCAAAGAAGUUGAACCAGUUUGCUAUGCAUAAAUUUAUGGAUAUAUAGUGCUUCUCUAGCGUCUCCUGGCUCCUCCAGCGCCGGCAUCGCCUCGCUCAGCCAGGCUGACAACCUCUUGGAUACCAGCAGCCUCUUGCUCCUCUUCCAAGGCCGUGAUCUCCUCGCGGCAGUCCCACCACUUCUCUUCACUCAGUUCAAACGCCUUGGUCUUGAUUUCCUUUACGGUCAGCGUCUCUGGCUGGAUGUUCUUCCAGCGCAGGUUCGUCAUGAGAAUCUCCUGCCACUCAGAAGACGUGCGAACAAAGAAGUCGCGACGAGAUUCAAAAGGCUAAUCGAAACGAUUAGUAAAAAUGGAAUGAUAGAUGAUUUGUGCGUUAAACAUACUCUAGGAUGAGGCAGACCGUCAUCAACAGUCUCGCUCGCCUCGGUUUCCUCUUCUUCCACAACAGGCGCCGCGGCGGCUUCAGCAGAGGCAUCCGCAGAAUCCUCUUGUUUCUUUCCACGUUUGCUAGGAGUGAAUUUCUGAGGCCGGUCGUCUUCUUCGUCCUCGUCCUCAUCAUCAUCAUCGUCGUCGUCUUCAUCGUCGUAUUCGUCGUCCUCAUCAUCGUCUUCAUCCUCGGAUUCC